UGUUAUUAAAUUUACAAAGAGGAUAAUUAUAUAUUUAUUUUUAAAAGGUUUUAGGAAAAAAAAUGGAUAUGGGUGAUAUAAAAGAAGAGGUGCAUAUUAUCCACGAUAUUUCUUUCAGUGUGAAGUUAGAAGAGAAGUUAGCAGUUUUUGAACAAUUUAUGGAUGAAAAUGGAGAUCAUGAUAGAAAAUAUAUAAUUAAGAAUGAAGAAAAUAACUCAAAUUCCUUAGUUAUGGAAGUCGAUGCAAAUCAUUCACCUGCCUCUUUUAAGAAAGAAAUACCUGGAGUAUUAGAUCUGGUGGGCAAUGAAUCUCUUCCUUUGAAUAUCAAGUGUGACUCUUUUAAAGAAGAAAAGCCUCAAGUAUUAGAUCCUCUGAUGAAUUACUCUGAAACGAUUCACUUGAAGCAGUAUGAAUGUGAUAACAGUCGUCUUCCAAGUGAAGAAAAUUAUCUUGAAACUGGCAUACAAUGUAAUAACGCUUCCAGUCUGGAAGAUCACGAUAAACAAUAUGCUGAGAAUGAAAAAUAUGUCUUGGAACAACAUAUCGAGAAAGUUCAUGUGAAAAUCAAAGAAAACAAGUGUCAUCUAUGUGAAUAUGUUACAAAUAAUAAAACUGCCCUCCAACGACAUAUCGACUCGGUUCAUUUGAGAAUUAAGGAUUACAAGUGCCACUUGUGUGAAUAUGCUGGUAGUACCAAAGGGGUCCUUAAAAGACAUAUAAAAUCUAUUCAUUUGAAAAUCAAAGAUCACAAGUGCGAUUUGUGUGAAUAUGCUGGGGCUUCCAAAUAUAACCUUAGGAAUCAUAUGAAAAUUUUCCAUUUGAGAAUUAAGGAUCACAAAUGUGACUUGUGUGAAUUUGCUACAAUUACGAAAGCAAGACUUGAAUCACAUGUGAACUCUGUUCAUUUGAAAAUUAAUGAAACGGAGUGUCUCUUGUGUGAAUAUGCUGUAAAUAAUAAAAGGGACCUUGAAAGACAUGUAAAAUCCGUUCAUUUGAAAAAUAAGUGCCACUUGUGCGAAUAUGCUCCGAAAGCCAAAUGGGACCUUGAAAAACAUAUAAAAUCUGUUCAUUUGAGAAUUAAAGAUCACAAGUGCGACAUCUGCGAAUUUGCUGCCAGUACCAAAUGGGACCUUAUGAAACAUAUGAAAUUUUUUCAUUUGGGAAUUAAGGAUCACAAAUGUCACUUGUGUGAUUAUGCUACUAUUAAGAAAUCACGACUUGCAUCACAUGUAAAAUCUGUUCAUUCAACAAUUAAGGAUGAAAAAUAACAUGCUAACUGUCUUUGAUGAAUACAAAAUAUGUUGGUUCCACUAUUCUAGAAUGCAAUUGUAACUUAUGUAAAUAUACAAGGAAUGAAAUAAAACGGUUGUUAGCCCUUUGAAUAUCAUUCAAUAAAGUUAUUUUCUCUCUC